AUGAACCUGGACCUGCAUUCACACAAAACCCAGCUUGUGGUUACUGCUCUCGCGGCCUCUGCUGUUACUGCUGGCCUGUUCUCUGCGUAUCAGCAACAUGCCAAGCGACAGAAAAGACGAACUCUAGACCAAGACAUCCUGCGGUCUCUGGCCAGUGCCACCGCGGGGAAGGGGUCUCGGAACAAUGACCACGACAACGUUCACGAAGUGAAGAUUGGCGACUCAAGUAACGUGCAGCGCGUUCCCAUAGAAUACGACGAGGAGCUCGUGCGCGAGCAACUUGCGCGAAACUACGCGUUCUUCGAAGAGGAUGGCAUGGCAAAGAUCAGAAACGGCUCAGUCGUCGUUGUCGGAUGCGGAGGCGUAGGCAGUUGGGCUGCUAUCAUGCUGGCGAGAUCAGGUGUCUCAAAGAUCCGUCUGGUAGACUUUGACCAGGUCACUCUGUCCUCGCUCAACAGACAUGCAACUGCUACCCUGUCGGAUGUGGGCACACCAAAAGUCAAGUGCAUAGAGCGCGUGAUCAAGCAAAUCUCGCGUAUCGUAGAAGUUGAACCUCGCAUUGAGCUCUGGCGGAAGGAGUCCGGCGGAGACCUCCUCGAGGGUGCCGACUGGGUGAUUGAUGCCAUUGACAACAUCACCACCAAAGUCGACUUGCUGAAGUACUGUCAUGAGCAUAACAUCAAGAUAUUCUCGUCCAUGGGCUCCGGCGCGAAAUGCGAUCCUACAAGGGUGCAGAUUAGCGACAUCUCGUAUACCAUGUACGACCCGCUAGCCCGCGCGGUCCGUCGUCGGCUGCGCCUCGAGGGCGUUUCUUCCGGCAUCCCUGUAGUUUACUCGACUGAGGUGCCGGGCGACGUGAAGUUGCUCCCCCUGCCUGAGGAAGAGUUCAAGAAAGGCAAUGUCAAAGAGCUCGGCGUGUUCGACGACUUCCGCGUUCGUAUCCUGCCUGUGCUAGGACCAUUACCCGCCAUCUUCGGUCUCAACAUCGCCACAUUUAUCCUUUGUGAGCUCGCUGGUAAACCCAUCCAGAAUCCACUGCCCGUCAAGUCUCGCAAGAAGUUCAACGAGCGCCUCUCACGGGACCUGCAGAAGCGAGAGGAAAAGUUCCUCGGACACCAAAUCAACAAACUACCGUUGGAUGAUGACGACCUCGGGCUUGUGUUUGAUGACUUCUACCGCGGCCGUUCUGCGCGCCCGCCACACCCGGUUCCAGAGCGUCCGGCGCUCGUUCGGUGGGACCCCGCAGAGCCAUUAUCCUUGAUGAACUGCGUGGCGUUCGAGUUUGCGGAUGCGGAGAAGCAUUUGCAAGAGUGUCUACUAGAGAAGAAGCGGCCGGAAGAGGUGUGGGGCGCUGAGGUAGCGGAGGUGGUCGCGAGGAGGCGUGAGGAGGCACGGAGGGUCGUGCAAUGGGUGAUGUAAUGGCAUGACUCGUUACUCGUACAUGUUCCGCUGCACCGCUACGCUACCUGAUCCUAACAGUGACACC